AUUAAAGUGAGAAGUGAGAAGCGCAUGUCGAGAAUUCGUAAAAGCUAUCGCUAUAGUAUUUUAGCAACUGUCUCAUUGUUAGUGUGUUAUUGCUGCUGUUUUUAUAUUUUGACGAAAAAAAUAAUCAUUUUAAAUUAUUAAAUAUUUUUUUAGAACAUUAUGUCUCUCUCCGACAGGGUAAUAUCCGACAAUGCUGAUCAUAUUGUUUGGAUUGAUAUGGAGAUGACUGGACUGGAUGUAGAAAAAGAUCACAUAUUAGAAAUUGCCUGUGUUGUAACAGAUAAAACAUUGAAAAUUAUUAGCGAAGAAUUAAAUAUUAUAAUACAUCAAUCAAAUAUAAUUUUAGAUAAUAUGAAUACAUGGUGUAAAAGACAGCAUAAAAAAACUGGAUUGACAGAAAAUUCUCGUUCAAGUACAAUCUCGUUGGAAGAUGCUGAAAAGAUGGUGCUUAACUUUUUACAAAAAUAUAUUCCUAGAGGUGUAUGUCCACUGGCUGGAAAUACAGUCUACAUGGAUCGUUUCUUUCUAUACAAAUAUAUGCCGCUAGUUAACAAUUUUUUGCACUACAGGAUUAUUGAUGUUAGUGCAAUCAAGGAAGUUGUCAGAAGAUGGAAUCCAAGUGUAUAUGAUUCUGUUCCAAAAAAAGAAUUAAAACAUAGGGCUUUAGAUGAUAUAAAAGAAAGCAUUAAGGAGCUAGCUUAUUAUCAAAAAUAUAUAUUUGGGUUUCAAUAAUAGUAUAAUUUUUUAUAUUUAAAAGAAACUAUAAUAUACAUUUUUAUCAAUAUCUUUUUUAAAGCAGAAAAUAUCAUAUACUGAAAACCAUCAAGUGCAUCAAUACAACUAAAUUUGUAAAUACUUAUAAAUUGUGACUAAUGAAUGUGUAAAUAUAUAUUUUCAAUCAAGAAUUACUUCUCAUCAAGCAUAAUAAAAGCAUAAUAAAAUAUAUGUAAAUCUUAUCUUUGUAUUAUGUGUAUAGAUUAUGUAUUUAUGAUUUUAAUAUAAUAAUCAUGCUAUCUUUUAACAA